AUGCCUCCAUCAUCCAACAGAACCACACCCAAAACAACAAACCUCCAUCCCAUCUACACUGUCACGAACAUCCAGAAUAAAGUUCGGAUACUAGAUUGGACCACGGUUACGUAUUCGUCAUGGGUAAAGCUUUUCAAGCUUCAUGCUAGAGGUUACAAGGUACUUAAUCACAUUGACGGUACGCCGCCACCGAACAGCGCCGACGCAACCUACGAAACAUGGGCUGAGAUCGAUGCGAUCGUGUUGCAAUGGAUCUAUGGUACGUUGUCUAACGAUCUCCUUGUUCGUGUACUUGCUUCAGAUGCUACUACCUACGAUGCUUGGACUAAGAUUCACGACAUUUUCCUCAACAACAAGGGCUCCCGAGCCGCCGCCCUCGAACACGAAUUCACAAACCUGACUCUGACCGCUUGCUCUUCUAUGGACGAGUAUUGCCAGAAAAUUAAAGGUCUCGCAGAACAACUCACGGAUGUGGAUAAUCCGGUUAAUGAAAAGCGAAUGGUUCUUCAGUUGGUUCGUAGUCUUCCUGCAGACUUCGACAUGGUCGCCUCUUUUAUUAACCAAAGCUCUCCUUCUUGGGACAUGAUGUAG